AACAAGUAAAUGUCGGGAGGUGAGUGACUAAGGUGGUGGUCACCGUCACUGUUGUUGUGGUUUGUUUGUUUGUUUGUUUGUUGAUUUCCCCUCUCCCCCAACAAGCUUGGGGCCACGUGGGGAAUUGGGUUUGUUUUUGGAGGGGGACAUAAAAGACCGAUAAAUGGACUGAAAAUCUAGGGAAAUUUCCCUAAAAUAAAGAAAAAUUGGGGGUAAAAUUUAAGUUUUAACCAAUACUCCAGAAUAAUUAUAUACCUAUCCUAACCUAACCUAAUCGGGGGGGCUGCGCACACCAUGAACACCCCCUUGCUAUCUGGGGGGGCUGUGCCCCCCCUGGACCCCCCUAAGGUUAAAGCGUCAUUAAACAUCAUAGACUUAGUAGCAUGGACAAAAGCACCCUGCGUGUAAACCUACGCACGAACGCACGCAGUGUAACUUCAGCACGGACAGGUAAGCAGGACGGAUCUCGGGAAUACUGGAGAAACUUUAACAUUGUAUUGUAACCUUAACAUCAACGAGCGAUCAGUAAAACCUUUACAGACUUGUAGCUAUACUACUUACACUUCUUGAAAGCACACCUUAUUGAAAAUAAUCUUGGGUGCGUUGUUCUUAAGAUUUUCCAGACACACACCGUCAGUAAGGUUAGUUUGGUCUCCUGGACAAAAUUUUCCCGUCUCAGUGGUGGCAGCCACGCAGGACAAGACACACACACCGUCAGUUAGUGUUUUCUGCUUUCUUGUUUUAUUUUUGUUAUUUUGUUAAUUUGUUUAAUAUUGUUUUAUUUGUUUGUCUUGCAGGAGAACAGACGCGGUGAAAGAGCAAGGCCAGACUGGCAAGUCCUCCUGUCCAUUGUGCCCCAGAGCCUCUCAGAUCAGUGGCUGGCAAGUCCUCCCAUCCUCUCUGCACCAGACCCCUCAGGUGCAAGGUCGGUGUGCAUCCUUGGUGCAGCCCCAGGGUUCCUGCAGGAACAGCCACGGCCAGGAGCAGCGUUGCAAUGGAGGGUGCGAGGCCAGGCAACAGCAGCAGCAGCAGCAGUAGUAACAGCCUGGAGCAGCAGGUGACCCAAGGCGUGAGGACCUACACUUGUGACCACUGCGGCAAAGUGUGCUCCACCAAGGCUGCCAUUGCCAGACACGUCCUCUCCCAUGCCAGCAAGACAAGGCUGAGAGGCAGGAGUGGCCCCGCUGAACACACUGCCACCCACACUGGUGGCAGGAACCACAAGUGUGACCUCUGCAGGAAGACAUUUGUCCGGAAGAGUCAUCUUGCCUCACACAUCCUCACCCACACUGGGGAGAGAAAGUUCCAGUGCCUGGAGUGUGGGAAAAGAUUUACCCAGAAGGGUUCCCUUAACACACACAUCCUCACCCACACUGGGAGAGAAAGUUCCAGUGCCUGGAGUGUGGGAAAAGAUUUACCUGGAAGGGUUCCCUUAACACACACAUCCUCACCCACACUGGGGAGAGAAAGUUCCAGUGCCUGGAGUGUGGGAAAAGAUUUACCAUGAAGAGUUCCCUUAACACACACAUCCUCACCCACACUGGGGAGAGAAAGUUCCAGUGCUUGGAGUGUGGGAAAAGAUUUACCCAGAAAAGUGAUCUUAACAGACACAUCCUCACCCACACUGGGGAGAGAAAGUUCCAGUGCCUGGAGUGUGGGAAAAGAUUUACCCGGAAGGGUACUCUUGACAGACACAUCCUCACCCACACUGGAAAGAAGAAGAGAAAACAGCCAAAAUCAUAGCUGUUGCAGUCCCCGGUGACUCCGGCCUCAGUAGAGCUGAAAGGCACAAAACUACAAAAUAUCACGACCUUAAAAGUGACCUGGGAACAACAUGGUCGCCGAUGGACACCGGUAUAAUACCAGUGGUGGUGUGGGCGACAGGGCUAAUGAAGAAAGCCUGGAGAGCUGCCUGGAGGCAAUCCCCGGUCGCCCAAGUGCCCACGAGGUACACACAGCUGCGGUCAAGGGAACGGUCGCCACGCUGAACAGAGCCCUCGGAUGCAAUGCCGGCGCUGCUGAGGGUGUGACCGCUAACACCAGGCUUGGGGCCCAUUGCACUCACCAGACAACAAAACAGGAAAGUGCAGAAAACGGGGAGAGAAAGUUCCCGUGCCUGCAGUGUGGGAAAAGAUUUACCCACAAAGGUAAUCUUAACACACACAUCCUCACCCACACUGGGGCUUGUACAAACUCAGUGCACCCUGAGUGUAGGAAGACAGAAGGAAGCAGAAACAGAAGGAUCUGCUCUGAACCACCCUGGAGAGAGAAACUGCAGCAGAGGAUCACCCAUCAAAGAGAAGAAAUCAGGCAGAUAACAAGCUUCCUGCAAGACCAAAACCACACAAGGAACCUCCUCAAGAAAACAGACAGAAUGACAGGAAGGCGCAGUGCAAGCAACGGCCGGCCGGGCGGAAGACCGGCAGGGGCUGAGCCCCGGCCGAAGCCUUGGCACCACAAAUGAGGACAAAGACAAGAAAAUAAAGGCCAGAAAGAUGAAGAGGCAGCUUGCAGAAAAGCCAGGGGUGGUUUGCAGGCACAUGGCAAAGACCUCAACAGAAGUACAAGACCCACCCGAGAAAGAAGUGGCCGAGGGAUGCUGCAGGCCACUGCUGGAAGACCCCACGCAGCAUCAGGCAGCCCCGGAGAUACAGACCACCACGGUUAAACACACAAGUAAACAACAACAAUGCCAGCUGUUCAACUUGCACAGGAAGGUCUGCUGAGAAAGAGAGUGAGUCAAUGCAGCAAGUUUGAGGCUCCAGGUGUAGACAAAGCCCCAAGUUUUGGGUCAGAAAGAUUACACGAGUGCACCGUUCCGUGCACUCGUUUGUACCAGACUACAGAAAGGAAAAGAGGAGCCCCCACAAUGGCUGGCCACUGGAAACACCAGCCUGCCACCAAACGCCAGCCAGACUCCACUGCCAGACAGACACGGAGCCGUCCGCUGCCCGUCAACAACACGCAGGUGGCCGACAGAGACACCGGUGUGGAGUUUGGUCUGGUGGAGUGCUCCACAUGCACUGGCAGGACUGGCAAGAAGAUAGCACCAGAAACACACACACUGGUGAACAGGACUGCAUUCAACACCUUGCCAUUCAACACCUUGCUCAACACUCCACAUGCAAGUGUUUGGGAACACAAGAGAAUGCCACACUACAACACAAAAAAUGAGAAAAACAAUCAACAAAGAAUUACCUUAACACCUUGAAAAAGAUUUGCAGGUCAGAACUAACACCAAAAAACAAGACUACUGCCACAAACCAGCUGGCAGUACCAGUAGUGACUUGUGGUUGUGGUGUGGUGUGGUGACUGGCCACAAGACUACUGCCACAAACCAGCUGGCAGUACCAGUAGUGACUUGUGGGUGUGGUGUGGUGUGGUGACUGGCCACAAGACUACUGCCACAAACCAGAUGGCAGUACCAGUAGUGACUUGUGGGUGUGGUGUGGUGUGGUGUGGUGACUGGCCACAAGACUACUGCCACAAACCAGCUGGCAAUACCACUAGUGACUUGUGGGUGUGGUAUGGUGUGGUGACUGGCCACAAGACUACUGCCACAAACCAGCUGGCAAUACCAGUAGUGACUUGUGGGUGUGGUGUGGUGUGGUGACUGGCCACAAGACUACUACCACAAACCAGCUCACAAUACCACUAGUGACUUGUGGGUGUGGUGUGGUGUGGUGACUGGCCAAAAGGUUUAUUCUGAAAUGUAAUCUUGACAAACAUCCUCACCCACACUGUGGUAAGGAAGUACAGGUGUGGUGUUUGUGGCAGUGUUUCUGUAGGAAGAGUGGUGUUGCCAGACACAUCCAAACACUCCUGUGGGGGUGAGGUGUUGUGGAUGUGCUGGUGGUGUGUGAGGGACUUGGAGUGACUAGUGUUUGUGUGUUGUUACUUUGUACUCAAGUGUUGGAAUAAACUUUUGUUGCUAGAAUGCUGAGUAAUGUUGUUAUACAGUAAAUAAUGUGUGUGUGUGUGUGUGUGUGUGUGUGUGUGUGUGUGUGUGUGUGUGUGUACAAAAUGGCCAAUAAUAAACUUGCCAUGACAGACAGAGUAGUGGAUGACUGGAAUAGGCUCAGUAGUCAGGUUGUUAGUGCUGAGUCAUUACAGAGCUUUGAAAUAUUAGACAAAUGUAUGGACAGGGAUGACAGGUGGAAAUAGACAGGCAUGUUUUGUACAGCGACUGCCACCUGCAGGCCUGACGGCUUCCUGCACCAACCCUUGUGUUCUUGUGUGCUGCUGCUGCUGCUGCUGCUGCAAAAUCUCUUCCUAUUAAUCCCUUUCUUUGCUGUGAAUGCUUGUGGAGGUUUUACACAUUGCUGUUAGUGCUGCGAAGUGUUGACUGUCGCUGUGAAAGGGUUGAAAGGUUAAUGAUCCUGGGAGGCAAAGAAAACUGCUGGUCUGUGCAUCAAUAGCCGUGGUGUUCUGAUGGUCUGCCUUCUUCAUCACUUCUCACCAAAACAAGAAAACAACAAAACUUGAUUGAAAAACAAGCCACAGAGACAGGCAGAGCGGGUGGGAGUGCAGGGGAGAGGGAGAGGGAGAGAGGACGGUGUGGGAGACAAGACAGAUAUGAAGAGAGAUGAUACUUAACAUUGCAUCUCUUGCUAUUCAAAGCUAGGUGAGUGUGUUGAAGCCUCCCUCCUGAAAGAGUUCAAGUCACCGGCAGGGGGAAACAGCAGCAGGCAGGGAGUUCAGGAGUGUGCCAGUAAAGGGGAUUGAGAGACUGAUAAUACUGGUUAACUCUUGCAUCAGGGAGGUGGACAGAAUAGUGGUGAAAGAUUGAGAAUACUGGUUAACUCUUGCAUCAGGGAGGUGGACAGAAUAGUGGUGAAAGAUUGAGAAUACUGGUUAACUCUUGCAUCAGGGAGGUGGACAGAAUAGUGGUGAAAGAUUGAGAAUACUGGUUAACUCUUGCAUCAGGGAGGUGGACAGAAUAGUGGUGAAAGAUUGAGAAUACUGGUUAACUCUUGCAUCAGGGAGGUGGACAGAAUAGUGGUGAAAGAUUGAGAAUACUGAUUAACUCUUUCAUUCAGGAGGUGGAGAGUAUUGUGGUGAAACAUUGAGAAUACUGGUUAAUUCUUGCACUAGGGAGCUGCAGACAAUAGUGGUGAAAGAUUGAGAAUACUGGUUAACUCUUGCAUCAGAGAGGUGGACAGAAUAGUGGUGAAAGAUUGAGAAUACUGUUGAACUCUUGCAUUCAGGAGGUGGACAGUAUAGUGGUGAAUGAUUGAGAAUACUGGUUAACUCUUGCAUUAGGGAGGUGGACAGAGUAGAGGUGAAAAAUUGAGAAUACUGGUUAACUCUUGCACUAGGGAGGUGGAGACAAUAGUGGUGAAAGAUUGAGAAUGCUUGUUAACUUGCAUUCAGAAGGUGGACAGAAUAGUGGUGAAAGAUUGAGAAUGCUGGUUAACUCGUGCAUUAGGGAGGUGGACAGAAUAGUGGUGAAAGAUUGAGAAUACUGGUUAACUCUUGCAUUAGAGAGGUGGAGACAAUAGUGGUGAAAGAUUGAGAAUACUGGUUAACUCUUGUAUCAGGGAGAGGGACAGAAUAGUGGUGAAAGAUUGAGAAUACUGGUUAACUCUUGCAUUAGGGAGGUGGACAGAAUAGUUGUGAAAGAUUGAGAAUACUGGUUAACUCUUGCAUUAGGGAGGUGGACAGAAUAGUGUUGAAAGACUGAGAAUACUGGUUAACUCUUGCAUUAGGGAGGUGGACAGAAUAGUAAUGAAAGAUUGAGAAUGCUGGUUAACUCUUGCAUCAGGGUGGAGACAAUAGUGGUGAGAAAGUAAGGCCUCUUAUCAAAUUAUAUUGACAUUUUUUGACCAAAUAGUUAGGAGUAUAUGAAAUUUCAAUAAAAUUGCUAGCAAGAUCUGCCCCCAAGCUUGAAAGAGGCAGAGACAGCAAGGAAGUGGUUCUCAGAGUGGGGUGUGACGAAUAGACUGCAUCAGUAGUCAGUAGGGAGCUGUGAAAGAAGACUGCAGCAGUGUGUGGACAGAGAUGGCAGGUGGAAAUAGAUAGGCGUGUUUUGUACAGGGACUGCCACUUGUAGGUGUGAUGGCUUCCUGCUCCAGCUCUUGUGUUCUUGUGUACUACUGCUACUUGGAAGGCUCUGCAAUGGUGCCACCUUAAGUCCACUGCAACACACUUGUCCUCCAAUGUACGAUAAUGCACCAAGGUCCUUAAGAAUGGCAUUUAUUGAUUUUAUGAUUAUGAUUAUUAUUUUUUUUUUUUUUUUUACAGUGUCUCUCUUACAUAGAAAUACAAUAAUAAAAAGUGCAAUAUAUUUUUUGGAGGUGGUUUGUUAUUUGUUAUUUGGUAACUUUGUUUUUUGCGUUUAAUGACAAAUUAAGUUGGUGGCAAGAGGAGUAGACGUUUCAAGUUACCCUCCAUUUCCACCCAUGGCUUGCUGGUUCUCUAACACUUGGUCAAAAUUUAUGAAUCAUUAAUAAAUGAUUCAAAGGUUAGGAGGAGAAAGUGGAGAUUGAGGCAUGUAGCAUGGGAGAAUUUCCAGGUAGACUUGAGUGAAAGUGUGAGGAUGGAAGCCUGAAUGGCAUGGAUGAAAUGAACGACAGACAGGAUGCCGCAGCCAGCCAGCCAGACAGGGUACGUGAGAACGAGUGCCGGGAAGCGUGCAUGUAAGCCGUGGUGGAGUGACGAGAUUAGGGAUGCUGGAAAGGAAGGAAAGAGACUAAAUAGGGUGUGCAGGCAGUUGAGAAAGAGGAGGCGGAGAGUGAGCACCAGAAUGCACGGACAGCGUGUGUGAGUCAGCAGCGAGUGACGAAGCGAAAGGUAAUGAAUGCUAAAGUUAGGUGUGAGAGAAGUGUGCUUCAGUCCAGAAGAGAGAAAGGUGUUUGUUACUGUAUGUAAAGCGUAUGUACCUCACGUCAUUAUUCCUCGGCAUUUAUAAGUGAAAUGUUCAAUAGUUUUCUAUUUGCAUGAAAACGUGUAAUAUGUGUAAGUAUCAGUAUUUAAUGCUAUAUUAAGCACCAAAGCCGAUGCUCACUUGUUAGUAGUGUGGGGUUAACCUGCUAGUCGCCUGCGGGCAUCACUCACGGCCAAGUCGCGCUCAGACAAAGACAGGCAGGAUGGUGACCGAGGUAAAUACUUUAAUUUUGUAGUUAAAACUGAUUGUCAUAGUGCCAAGUUAAUUGCAUGUAUUGUUAAUGAAUAUUGUAAUAUGUUGAAAGCGUUUAAUAUCCGUGCAUAAUGUUAUUUUGUAAGAAAUUGAGACCGAGAACUUGUUCGCAGUUCUUACGGUCAUGCCUACCUGAUCACCUGAUGAUGUAGUUCUUAUGAGUGAAUCGGCAGAUGAGCUUCAAAGUUUGUUGGAUGUAGUGGAUGGCUAUGGUAAAGACUUUGGAGUAAGGUUUAGCAGUGAGGAAAGCAAAGUAAUGAUUGUGAAUAGGUCAGAGGAUGAAAGUAAUGUGGUAUGGAGACUUGGAGAGAAUGAGUUGAGACAGGUGCAAGAAUACAAGUACUUAGGGAUGUGGAUGAGUCCUAGUGGGUGUGCAAAGGCAAAGAAUGAAAAGAUAAGUAUGCUAAACCAGUGGGUAGGUCGAUUGGGAAGCGCGGCAAGGAUGAGAGCAAGUAAGUAUGAUGUGUUGAGAGAAGUGUGGAAGAGUGUGGCUGUGCCAUGUAUAAUUAUAAUGUAUGGUAUGGAUGUGAUUCCAUGCAAUGAAAGUGAAAUUGAUAAGUUAGAAGUGGGCCAGAAUAGAAUAGCAAGGAUGGCACUGAAUGCACCGAGGUGCACAGCAGUUGAAGCCUUGAGAGGUGACAUGGGAUGGAGCACCUUUAGAGAAAGACUCACAAAAGCCACACUUAGGUACAAGAUUAGGUUUGAGAGAAUGGAUGAUGCAAAAAUUUCAAGGAAGGUGUACCUGUGGAAUGAAAGUGGAAGCAAAUGGAGGAAGAGAUGCAUGAGAAUGACCGACAGGAAUGGAUUGCAAGUUGUGUGGGCGAUAAGAAUGGCUGGUAGGAAUCAAAAUGAGCGUGAAUGGGUGGUAACAAGAGGAGGAAGAGUGGGAGCCGAAUGGGAUGUGAGAAAAUGGAAGAAUGAGAUAGACAAAGAAGUGAAAUGUGUGGGACUGAAUGAAUGGAAGAAUGAGAUGGAAAGAAAGAAGACCCUGGAAUGGUACAAGGAGAAAGAGGCCCCGAGGUAUGAAAGGUGGUAUGAUGGAAGCCUGGGCGGUGAUCUUCUCUUCCGAGCGAGGGCACAGUGUAUGGAUGUGAAUGCAAGGAGUUACAGGUGGUCUGAGUCCCGCAGCAAAGUGUGCCAGAUGUGUGACAUGGGAGAAGAUGAGACGGUGGAACAUGUGGUGCUGGAGUGUGUGAAGUAUGCCAGAGACAGGAAUGAGAUGAUGCAAGUGAUACUGACUGAGUUAGGGCAUGAUAGGAAUGAAAGAGUGGAGAAGACAGGAAAGGAAUGGAUGGUGGUGUUGCUGGGACUGUGUAGAGAGGCGAAUGAAAGGAUGAUUGAGGCGGUGAAAGAGUUUCUGGAGAGAAUGUGGCGUGCCAGGUGUAUGAACAAUUAGGAUAGAGGAUGCUGUUCGUUUCUCUUUUUUUUUUUUUUCCCUUUCUACAGGAGUUGCCGAUCCAAAGGCCUGGCUCAGGAGUGAUCCUGUGCCACCUGUACCAUCAAGAUCAAGA